AUGCUCGCUAAACUCCGGAUUAGUAAGCUUGUUUCGUAUACCUUACCUCGGAGAGUUUGCGAACGGCGGUUUCUGGUGACGAGCAAUGCUUUCCCCAACUCUGAGGAGUCGCUGGUGGUUGAUGCCGCCGAGUCUCCGGAGCUUCCGUCUUGGAUCAAAGACUUCAUCUCAAACAAGCCUUCUUCGAAUUCGGUCUCCGACGACGAAGAUUUCGUUAUCCCGUCGCUGGCGAGCUGGGUCGAGAGCCAGAAGUUUAGUCGUAGUCGUGGAGAAGUCUCAUCGGGAAAUGUCGCGGAGAAAUCACCGGAAGAUAUCGAUAGAGUCUGCGAGUUUCUGAAUAAGAAAGAUUCGUCUCAUGAAGACGUCGUCAAGGAGCUGAGUGGAUGCGAUGUGGUUGUAUCAGAGAGUCUGGUGUUGCAGGUGCUGAGAAGGUUUAGCAAUGGAUGGAAUCAGGCUUACGGGUUUUUCAUGUGGGCAAAUUCGCAAACAGGUUAUGUGCAUUCAUCUCAAGCUUACAACGCAAUGGUUGAUGUGCUGGGGAAAUGCAGGAACUUCGAAUUGAUGUGGAGAUUAGUCGAUGAGAUGAAGAAGACUGAAUCAGGGCUUGUCACGCUCGAUACGAUGAGUAAAGUCAUGAGGAGAUUAGCGAAAUCCGGGAAAUACAACGAAGCUGUUGAUGCUUUCUUAGAGAUGGAGAAGAGCUAUGGCGUGAAAGCAGAUUCCUUUGCUAUGAACAGUUUGAUGGAUGCGCUUGUGAAGGAGAACAGUAUAGAGCACGCUCACGAGGCGUUUCUGAAGCUUUUCGAUACGAUCAAGCCGGAUUCUCGGACUUUUAACAUUUUGAUUCAUGGGUUUUGUAAAGCUCGGAAAUUUGAUGAUGCUAGGACGAUGAUGGAGUUGAUGAAGGUAGCUGAGUUUGCUCCUGAUGUUGUCACUUACACUAGCUUUGUUGAGGCGUAUUGUAGAGAAGGAGAUUUCAGGAGAGUUGAUGAGAUCUUGGAGGAGAUGAGAGAGAGUGGGAUUAAGCCUAAUGUUGUGACUUAUACGAUUGUGAUGCAUUCUUUAGGGAAAGCUAGACAAGUAGCUGAAGCUUUAGGUGUGUAUGAGAAGAUGAAGGAGGACGAGUGUGUUCCUGAUGCUAAGUUCUAUAGCUCGUUGAUACAUAUUCUGUCUAAGACUGGUAGGUUUAAGGAUGCAGCUGAGAUAUUUGAAGACAUGACGAAACAAGGAGUUUCACGAGAUGUUUUGGUUUACAAUACGAUGAUCUCUGCUGCGGUUCGUCAUUCUCAAGAUGAGAUGGCUCUGCGUUUGCUUAAGAUGAUGGGGGAAGAGGAAGGGGGAUUAUGCAGUCCAAACGUUGAGACUUAUGCUCCGUUGUUGAAGAUGUGUUGCCAUAAGAAGAAGAUGAAGCUGCUUGGGGUUUUGUUGCAUCAUAUGGUGAAGAACGAUGUGAGUAUCGAUGUGUCGACGUAUAUUCUUCUGAUUAGAGGGCUGUGUGUGAGCGGGAAGGUCGAAGAAGCUUGUUUGUUCUUUGAAGAGGCGAUGAGGAAAGGAAUGGUUCCUAGAGAGAGCACUUGCAAAAUGUUGGUGGAUGAGCUUGAGAAGAAAGGUAUGGGUGAGGCAAAACUCAAGAUUCAGAGUUUGGUUCAGUUCAGUGUGAUGACCAAGUCACAUAGUCCUUUGCCUGUUAUGUAG